CGCGCACGCGCAAGCCGCGCCGGCUCUGGCAGAUGCCAUGGCGUCCGAGCGACUCCCGAGCCGGCCCGCCUGCCUCCUCGUGGCCAGCGGCGCCGCGGAGGGUGUGUCUGCCCAGUCCUUCCUUCACUGCUUCACGCUGGCCAGCGCCGCCUUCAACCUACAGGUGGCCACCCCUGGGGGGAAGACCAUGGACUUCGUGGAUGUGAAUGAGGGCAAUGCUCGCUGGGUGCAGGAUUUCCGCCUCAAGGCGUACGCCAGCCCUGCCAAGCUGGAGUCCAUUGAUGGUGCCCGGUACCACGCCCUCCUGAUUCCCAGCUGUCCUGGGGCCCUGGCCGACCUGGCCAGCAGUGGCUCCCUGGCCCGCAUCCUCCAGCACUUCCGCUCGGAGAACAAGCCUAUCUGUGCGGUUGGCCAUGGCGUCGCAGCUCUGUGCUGUGCCACCCACGAGGACCGAUCCUGGGUCUUCCAGGGCUACAGCAUCACAGGGCCCUCUGUGUACGAGCUCGUCAGGGCACCUGGUUUUGCCCGCCUGCCCCUCAUCGUGGAGGACUUUGUGAAGGAUGCCGGCGCCAGCUUCAGUGCCAGUGAGCCCGACGCUGUGCACGUGGUGCUGGACCGCCACCUGGUCACAGGCCAGAAUGCCAGCUCCACUGUCCCAGCUGUGCACAACCUGCUCUUUCUCUGCGGUGGCCGGAAAUGAGAUGGCUUCCCGCCUGCCAGCGGACACAGCCCCCUCUAGACGACCGGAUUCCUCAGGCCUCCAGGGACCCCGCCUCCAUGACAGCCCGAGAGUGACUUCUGGAUGCCCAGCUGGACCCAGCGGGAUUGUUGGAGGCCUCUGAGAAUUAGCCCUGAGGAGUGUGAGCUCUGGGGGAGGGGCCGCCCUCCCCACCCCCAGGCCACUUGCUUUCCCGGGGGCAGAGUAGUGGAGGGGCUCAGGGCCGUCAGGUGGUCUCUGAGAAUUCCGCAUGUGCUUGGCUCAGAGAGUUGGUCUGUGGGAGUCGGCCGUGGGGGUCCCCGUGUUUGUCUUGGAUCCUUUGGUCUUCCUGUGCCCUGCUGGCUGGUCCCUCCCCUCUGCCUGUCCCUGUCCACCCUGACCAGUCUCUCUGGUGGUGGUGCCAGGACCCCAUUGUGUGUGUUGAGGACAGGACCCAGGCUUCUGUGCUGCCCCCCCACUCCUGUAGGUGUUGGUGGGGGAAGCUAUGGUCCAGCUGCCUGGGGCUGGCUCGGCACUUCCCGUUUGCCCAAGGCCAGGGGGCAGCUUGUGAGGGACACAGGCUCCUGGCCCCCAGGCGGGCCCCAGACCACUCGGUGCUGAAGGAGCAGCCCUGAUUUUAAUCCUUGCCGUGUGUGUGGGUUCAGAGUGUGACGGUAACACCGUGUGAGGCCAUCGCUUCUGAUGCUGAAACUGCUGGGUCUUCAGAAAGCAGCACUGCUCGCCCAGAGCCCUGCCCACGUGGUGUGGGUUUGCAGCUGCCCCAGAGCUUUCGAGGUAGAGUGACCAAAGUGCGGGUCCUGCUGGCCAGGAGCCCUGGAGCGGUGCCCCUCGGUCUACACCUAUGUGUAGAGCCAGGCCUCAACAGGCCUGCGCGGGGGUGCUCCAUCCCGACGUGGCCACUCACCUUCUGGGCUCGUGGGCCUCCAGGGGCUGGGCAGGUCCUCUUGCGCCCCACCUUGGCUUGUGCCCCUCCCCGACCUGGCUUGUGCGGCUUUGCUGCGUCUGACCCCCCGGAACGGAAGACGGGAAGGCGGCGGCGCCUCCCCCGCGCCACAGAGCGUGGAGAUGCAGCCCUGCUCCUCUGGAGUUUUUCUGGGGGCAUCGUGUCCGGAGCUCCUGAUGCCACUGCCCAGCUGGCCGGCUCCACUGAGAGGCCUGGGUCCUCUGGGCCUCGGUCCCCACCACAGGGUGGUCGACAUCUCUGGACAAGCUGUUUUAAAGUUCAUGCCUUGUGAGCUCCGUCUCUUGUGAUCUGUGAAGCGCUACCAACACUCGCCAAGCUCGGCCAGACGACUCCUGGGUUCCGGGUCGGUGCAGGGCGGGGCCCCCCCCAGUCCCGUUUGCUGCACCCACCGGAAGUAACCCACAGCCCCACAGGAGUGACCCGUGAGUGCCGGUGACAGCAGCAGCCGCCGUAACAGAGCGACUUAACGAAUCGUAGUUUCCCUGACCCAAGUGUCCGUCACUGCCAGACGGCGCGAGUAGCCGUGUGCUAGGACGUCACUUGGCCUGGAAGAGGAAUGGGGUCCUGGGAGCAUCGUGCAGACCGAAUCUGGACCGCGGCCUGCAAAGCCAGACCUCGGGUGUGUGUGAGUCCAUUACACAGAGCAGAGUUGCUGUCGGGGGGUGAGGGGUGCACAUGAACACGAUGCCUCCUUCUGGGGGGACGGGAACGUCCUAAAGCUGGGGUCAGGGCACCCGGCUGGCUCGUGGAGCGCACACCUGUGUCUCGGGGUGGCAAGGGGAGUCUGUGCCCCACGUGGGGUGUAGACUGCUUCGAACAGUAAAAUCUUUAGACCAGUCA